AGCCACGCCGCCCUCAUCCUGUUCCGGUCGUCAGCCAAACUCACCAAAACUCAAAAGCCCCUCUUCGCCUUGUGCACCUCGUCACUCCUUCGGCGUCACAGCCGAGAGCCGAUACGCCCGAGACAGCACGCGCCGAGCGAGCGAGCUCUCCCCUCGGCGAUGAGGUCGCAGCUCCACGCGGCCGUGUCGUCGCCGCUGCCGCCACCGCCGCUCUCCCUCCGGCGAGCUCUCCCCUCCGUCACGCCCCGCGCCCUCAGGUUCCACGAGUUCCCGUGGCGGUUCCGCGUUCGUCACCACGGCCGCGGGGUCGGAGCUCGCCGAGCAGACAAUCCGCCAGGCAACCGAGGAGUUGGAGCGUUCAACUCCCGGAGCGGGGCCGAUGAUAACGACACUAAUGUGAAGAAUGCAGAAACGCCGAACACUUCAACGGCAACUGCAAAUUCCUCGCGCUCUCCCUUACAGGGAAAAAACAUGGCUGCCAUUAUAAGCAUAGCAAUCUGCUUUCUACACAGAAUUGUGUCUCGCCGGAUGCAGUUGAUGAAUUUACCCCCAUGGAUAUCAAAUGGCAUUACAAGUUUGCCAUUUGCUUGCAUAUCUGAUCCUACCAGAAAACCCAUGCCUCUUAAGCUAGAUGUGACUUUUCCACCAUUGCCUGAUGUCAGAUGGAGUAUUUCACGAUUGUACUAUCUGUUCAAUUCUCAGCUUGAACGGAAUAUUGUCUUGUCUAUUGUUACUUUGCUCAUCACAUGCUUUUCGUUUGUCAUUGUUGGAGGAUUAUUGUUUCAUAAGUUCAGGAAGAAACAACAUUCCCUGGAGGACUGCUUUUGGGAAGCCUGGGCAUGCCUGUGUUCAUCAUCCACCCAUUUAAGGCAAAAGACACGUAUUGAGCGUGUCAUCGGGUUCUUUCUUGCUAUCUGGGGUAUAUUAUUCUAUUCCCGUUUAUUAAGCGCAAUGACAGAGCAAUUUAGAACCCACAUGCAUAAAGUUAGGGAAGGGGCACAGUUGCAGGUUAUUGAGGAUGAUCAUAUCAUCAUCUGUGGAGUCAAUAGUCAUCUGAUGUCCAUAUUGAACCAAUUGGACAAGUUCCAUGAAUCAUCAAUUCGCUUAGGUUUAGCUACAGCAAGGAAGCAGAGAAUCCUUCUUCUCUCAGAUCUUCCAAGGAAGCAAGUUGACAAGAUUGCAGAUAACAUGGCCAAAGAUUUGAACCAUAUUGAUGUAAUCACCAAGAGUUGUAGCCUUAGCAUGCCAAAAUCAUUUGAGAGAGCAGCAGCACACAGAGCAAAGUCAAUAAUCAUCUUGCCAGGAAAGAACGAACGAUACGAAGUGGACACAGAUGCAUUUGUCUCUAUAUUGGCUCUGCAACCUAUUACACAACUCGCAUCUGUCCCUAUUAUUGUUGAGGCUUCUAACUCAACCACCUGCGAACUUCUGAAAUCAAUCAAUGGCUUAAAUGUGCAGCCUGUGGAGAUGGUUGCUUCUAAAUUGUUUGUGCAGUGCUCUAGGCAAAAGGGCCUUCUCAAAAUAUACAAGCACUUGCUUAACCAGCGCAAAAAUGUUUUCAACCUUUUCAGCCUGACUGGACUAGGGGGCAUGAAGUAUAUGGAUGUCAGACGUAAACUCCAUGAUGCAGUCGUUUGCGGUAUCUUCCGGUCUGGAAAAAUUUAUUUUCACCCAAGCGAGGAUGAAUUGCUCAAAGAAACAGAUAAAUUGCUUCUUAUUGCUCCUGUUCAUGGGAGGAGAAGACCAGUGUAUACAGUGCUAAGUACACCGAAAGAAACACAAACAUCAAUUCAUUACUCAGAAUCAAGAGUGGAUCAAGGAUCAUUUAGUAUGGCUGCUACCGUGGAGAAGGAAACACGGCUAAAGAGCAUUGUAAAGCGCCCCUUGAAAUCGCUCUCUAAGAGCAGUGAUUAUAUGCUGGGGCCAAAGGAAUGCGUGCUUAUUGUUGGUUGGCGACCAAAAGUUACUGAGAUGAUACGGGAGUAUGAUAGUUACCUCGGACCUGGUAGUACAGUGGAAAUCUUGUCAGAAACCCCUGUUAAAGAGAGGAGCAGUGUCGUCAACCCCCUUUUGCAGAGCCAGCUUAAAAAUGUUAAAGUUUCUCAUCGGGUGGGGUGUCCUUUGAACUAUGAUACUCUCAAGGACACGAUAAUUAACAUUCGGAAAUCUGCCAAGUCUGAUAAAAAAGUUCCACUUUCAAUUGUUGUGAUAUCUGACAGAGACUGGCUCACUGGAGAUGCUACACAGGCUGAUAAACAGUUGGCAUAUACCCUUCUUCUUGCUGAAAACAUUUGCGAGAAACAUGGCAUCACGGUUGAGAAUCUUGUAUCAGAAAUUGUUGACACAGGACUGGGAAAACAAAUAUCUAAAAUAAGACCCUCCCUUUCAUUUAUUGGAGCAGAGGAAGUAAUGAGCCGUGUGACAGCACAAGUUGCGGAAACUAGCGAGCUGAAUGAAGUAUGGAAGGACAUUCUGAAUGCUGAAGGUGAUGAGAUCUAUAUUAAGGAAAUUGGCCUGUACAUGAAGGAAGGAGAGAGAAUACCAUUCUCAGAGCUUUCUGAAAGGGCAGUUUUACGUCGUGAAGUUGCAAUUGGUUACGUCAAGGAUGGCAAGCAGCAUAUAAAUCCUACCAACAAGUUGGAGCCACUGUCUCUUGAAAUGACUGAUUCGCUCAUUGUGAUAUCGGAAUUCGAAGGUGAACAGCCAAUUAUUAUGGAUACAGAAACUUCCAGAUAGUACUUUCAGCUUGGUUUUUUCCCCCCGAGAAUAAGGAGAAGAGCUGCAUAUCUUUUUGUUAAGAAGAUAUGAAAGUUUCUUACAAUGACUCAGCUCCUGUGGAGAGCCAUGCUAGACUGUCUUACAUUGAUGUAUUAUACUGAAAAUGCAACAACCAAAAGCGAAGCAGAAAAAUACCACUAAGUUUGGCUGGAGAAUGCCAAGGUGCUUAGCACCCGCACUGAUCCAGAGUUCAGCUCCAAAGGGAAAGCUGUUGCUACUAUGAAGAUAUGACAUAUAGCCUGUUGAUAAUUUGUUUCUUUCCGUACAAAGAGAAAGCAAACUAUAGUUUAAAGGCCACGAACUAAAUUUUGUUCGUUCCGUAGCUGUAGAACAUCUUGUGCAAAUAUUUUAAUCUUCAGUUCUACUGCAGAAUUUCUUUUUAUUUAUCUGUAAACAUAGUGAAUAACACCGUCAACUUGUAUGAUGUAGAUUUCUGAAUAAAGAAAGUUGAUUAUGUGCCUUGCUGUUUC